AUGAAUUCCAAUGUCGAUCGUUGCGAGGUCUACCAUUCAGAAAUCGUUCAUGUGCAUGUCAACGAAGAAGAUAAUGAUUGCAUCCAUGAAGAACAGGAUUUGAAAAAUCAAGAAAGAAGUGUAGAAGCAACACUGGAUGAAACCAGCACUACUUAUGAUCAACCCUGUAAUGAAAAAAGUGAAACCAAUGAUAAUUUGAGUUCUGAGGAUGAUAGAAAAUGCUUACAAAAAGUCGAGAAAUCCUCAAACGAGGCAAAAUUUUCGAAGGGGAGAAAAUCCAAAAAAGAGAAGAAAAAAAAAAAGCGAAACAAAAAAUCAACAAACGAAGGACGAGAUUCGAGGGUCCUUCUGACCUCGUCUCUGUCCUCUUCUACUUCUUCUUGCUGCUCCUCAAGCGGUGAGUAUGAGGAAAACAACAACAGCAUCAACACUGAAGAAGUGAUAAAUUUCCUUUCCAGAUUAAAUAGAACUAUAGGAAAUCUAAGGAAGAAUAGUGAGAUUGUGAACGUAUCUAGAGAAAAUGAAAACUUGAAAAAGGAGUUGAAAAGAACGAUAAAGUUUGUUAAAGAAAAAGAUCAGCAAAAUAAGGAGAAGGAAGAAUACAUUAAAAAUUUAAAACAAGAAAUAGAGAAAUAUAUUAUUAGGAAUAAAGACAUUACAAAGCGUUAUGAAGAAGAAAAAAAAAAUAUUCAACUUCUGCAAGGAGAAUCAGAUAAGUUACACAACCUUUUUGAUAGCAAUCAGAAGAAGGAAGACAGGUGGAAUACUGAAAGGGAAAAUUAUCUAGAGGAUAUAGAAUCUCUAAAAACGCAAAUCGAAGAAUUGGAAAUUAAAAUAGAAAAAAAAAACAAUGAAAUUGAAGGAUUGAAGAGAGAAAAUGAACACAUAUUACUAAAAGUUGAUAAUUUAGAAAAGAAUAGUAAAGAAUUAAAAAAUGAAAAUAAUGAAAUAAAUGAAAAUUUGAAUGGUGUAAAAAAAGAAAAUAUGAAAAAAAAUAUUACAAUAGACAAUUUAAAAAAGGAACUGGAAGAACAAAAAAAAUUAGAUGAAGAGUAUAACAAGGACAAAUUGCUAAUCGAAAAGAAUACGGAAAUAUUAAUAGAAGAAAGAAAUUACAUCAAUGAAGAAUUAAUAAAAACACAAAAAUUGUUAGAAAACCAAAUCAAUAAAAAUAGAGAUUUACAAAAUUGUAAAACGAGUUUAUUAGAAAAAGUAGAUUUACUAGAAAAAAAACAAAAAGAUAAUUUUAAAAAAAAUAAUGAUUUUGAGCAAAAAUUAGACGAUUUAAAUAAAAAAAAUAAACUUCUAAUUAAUGAUAUAAAAAUGAAAGAACUCGAAAUUGCCAAUAACAUAUCUGUAAUUAAUUCACUCACUAAUAACAACACAAAAAUGAAAAUGAAGUUAGACCAAGAAUGUUUUAAAAUAAAACUACUACAAAAAGAAAACAAGUCCUUAACUAUCAAUGUCAAAUCGCUUACAUAUGAAAUUCAAAAUGUGCUCAAGUUAACAGAAGAAACAAAAACAAAAUAUCAAAAUCAAAAGAAAGAAAUCCAGGAUCUUAUUGUAGAGAAAGAACAAACCAAAAAGUUAAUCGAAAAAAUUGAUGAAAGUAUUAAGAAAAAUACCGAAAUUGCAAAGAAGGAUAAAAUUUAUAACAUUAACCUUGAAAAGGAUAUUAAGAAAAAUGCCGAAGAAAAAAAUAAGCUCAAUGAAGAAAUACAAUCACUUGUUAAACAAAAAGAAAAAUUAAUUCAAGAACUUUCAAAUAUAAGCAACAAGGCUAUAAAUACUACUAACGAAUUAGUGAAUAAAGACAGCAAAAUUGGGAGUUAUAUUAAAAUUGUCAAUUCCUUAAAAAAUGAUUUAGCCAAAGAAAAAUCCCUCUAUGAAAAUAUAAAAAGUGAAAAAAUUAAUACCAAUAAAAGUCUAAUGGAAACUAAAGAAAAAUUAAAUAUGCUAGAAGAGAAAUACAAAAUACAAAACAACGAAUUAGAGCAAAUAAAAAAUGAAAAGAAAAAUUUAGAAACUAUAAUUAACGAUUCCAUGGAAGACAAAAAAAAUGUUAUAAAUCAGUGCGAAAAGUUAAAAGAACAAGUUGAAAAAUUUAAAAGUCAACAUGAAAGUAACAAAACGAAACAGGUUCACGACAAAAAAACGAUAGACCAACUAGACUCUGAAAUAAGCGAACUCAGCAACAAAUUAAAAACUUAUAAAAAAAAUUUUGAUCAAAUUAAAAAAGAAAAAGAUCUACUAAAUAACGAAAUGAAGGAAAAAAGUGAACAAAUUGUAACACUUAAGGAGAAACAUAAAUUGUUGCAAAUAUCACAUGAUAAAAUAGAUAUAGCUAACAAAAAUCAAAUGCAAGAAAUUAAAAACCUGAAUAAGAAAGUAGCAAAUUUGAAAAAUUACACCGAACUCACCAAUCUGUCCAAAGGGCAAUUAAACGACAAUAAGGUGCAAAUUAAUUCCCUCAAAAAGGACUUAUUAAAUGAACAAAAUAAAGUGAAAACUCUAUCAGAAGAGUUAGAAAAACCAAUAAAUAUUCACAGAUGGAGAAAUUUAGAGGGAAAUGAUCCCACUGCUUUUGAUUUAAUACAAAAACUUAAAUGUGUACAAAAAAAAUUAAUUGAAAAAACUGAAGAAUCCAUGAAGAAAAAUAGUAUUAUACAAUUAAAAACCAGAGAAUGUGAAGAUUUACAACUUCAAUUAAGCAACAAAUCAAAGCAAACAUCUGUUCAGGACGUGGCACAAAUACGCAAGAAGUUGCAAGAGAAGGAAAUACUCAUAAAAUCUCUUACAGCAGAAAUUUCGAUGUAUCAAGAGGAGAAUGAAAUAACAAACAAGAGAUAG